CGGUGCUCAGUGAUAGGCUGCUGCUGCUGUCGUUCCUGGAGAAGAGCCAGGUGUGUGUAGUCUAUCUGAACAGGAAGAACCAGGGAUCACCUGAUACCAGCCACCGACUGGAGAAACUCUCCCCAUCAGAACUCAAGGUGGUGUGUGUGGAGGUGCGUGGCCCCGCAGGGCGCAGGCAGGGCAGGCGUGUGGAUCUGAACUGUCUCCAGGACGUAGCAGUGUGUUGGUGCUCCCUGACUAACACUAAUGAUGAACUGUGGCCCUGGAACCCGAGCCACACACACACUGACAGGGACAACCUAGUGUUACUGAGCUGCUCCAGUACAGAGGGCCUCAAGGUGCUCAGCUCCAUGUGUACUGAGGGUGACCUGUUGGAUCUCUGCUUCAGUCUCCUGCAGCCGUACCAGCUUCUGUCCGUGGAGCUGCCUGAAGGACCCCAGGGAUCCCACUCCACCACCACCACCACCACCGGGAUGUCCUGGGCAGAUGCCUGUGUGUACGAGUGUGCCCGCGGCCGCAUCCAACGUCUCUCGGCAACCCGUAUCCCCGUCUCCUCGCGGCCCGUCUCCUGCUGCCGCCACCCCUCCUCAACCACCCUGCUACUGGGCCUCAGCGACUCCUCUCUGGUCCUCUACGAUGAGAGGAGAGGGGUGUCGCUGCUCGCCCCCUGCCCCAUCCCGCCCGUCCUGGUGGCCUGGCACCCUGCAGGGGGAGUGGUGGUGGUGGGGGGAGGCCAGGGGGAACUGAUGGCUCUGGAUCUUGGCUUGGCUCCCCUAGGGUUGACCCUAGUGGGAGAGGACCCAUCCCCAGCCACCACCACUCUGAGGCUUGCCCAGCAUCUGCGCUGUCCUGGGGGGCUGGAGGGGCUGUGGUGGGCUGGGGGGACGGGGCUGGAGGGAGCUGAUACACUGAUGCUGGCCUUCCAUGGAGGACCACUGGCCGCACUGAGGUUCAGACUGGGUGCUCUGUCAGGGGGUCAGCUGGGUCCAGGAGAGCUGUUGCAACAGAGGUUACGCUGUGGCCAGGUGGACCAGGCUCUAGGAAUUCUGGGAGCCAUGGAGUGGAGCACUAUGGGAACGGAGUGUUACCGGGCACUGACCUCUGUCACAGACUACCUGCUGAGGCUAGAGCUGGACCAGACCAGAGAGGCCCAGUUGGAGGCAGCUCUGGGUGUGUUCUACGCUCCGCCCCGCCCCCUCUCUGACUCGGUGGUUCUAGAAUACAGAGGGCCAAUCAGCAAGUACGCCCGACGCUUCUUCCACCACCUACUCAGACACCAGCGCUUUGAGAAGGCCUUCCUGCUGGCGGUUGACAUUGGAGCUAGAGACCUGUUUAUGGAUCUCCAUUAUGUGGCGUGUGAUAAGGGAGAGGUGGUUCUGGCAGAAGUGUCCCGGAGGAAGGCUAAUAACAUCCAUGCUGAAGAAGGAGUAACGACCACGUUGGGAAACCACGCAGAGCAGGACCGACCAACAGGAGCUGGCCACUGGAGGAGAGAAACACCGGGACCCUGAGCACUGAUCAGGCAUGACCAUGGAGACAAACAGGUGAACAAAGAUGCAGGGAAGCUGAAACAUUUUGGUCUUGUUUGAAAACAGCCUUUGACCAUUUCUUUUUCGACUGUAAACUCCAUCUUUUUUAAUGCAUUUUUUUAAUCAAAUGUAUUCUGUAAAUAUAUCUGAUAACUGAUCAAGCUCUAUUCUGAAAUGUUGAUGCAUGAUUAGCCUAAGAAUUAUGAAUUUAAGUCUAAGUCAAAUGUGAAUAAUUAUGCUAAUGUCUUGCUAGUAGGUUUUAUUUUAACAGAACAUUGUAUAUGCUAUAUAGGCCUAGCCCUGUCCAGCCCCAUCUCAGUUCUCUCACAACCAGCCCUCCUGCUGAAAAAUGGUGUUUUAAAUUUUCUGCCCGUUUAAUUGAAUUGUUCUUUAAUCCCAGCCUCCUUUAAAACAGUGCAGUAAUUAGGCUUUUUGUUUUUCAUGAUUGACCCUGGUCACCUUCUACAGUAUCCUAACACAGAGCUGUAAACUAGCCUAUUGUAUUGCUGUAUUAAAGAGGUUUUGUAUCCUGUG